AUGGUGCAGUUUUACUUGAUCUCAGUUGGCCUGGGACGUGAAGCAGCAUUUUCAGCCGCAGUUUUGGGAGACAAUGCUCUCAUGGAAAAGGCGUGGCAGAAACAUCUGCAAUUAACUCAACACUGGCAAAGGCUCCACCCCAGGCUCCAGAGAUUCUCGAAACAAAUAGAACCCAACCCAGAUUCCGCAACCUUGGCCCAGCAAAUUCAAGCUCUUGCGGCCACCAUUGAAGAACUCACCAAGCAAAACCAGGAAAUGAAGCUACGAAUCCAACAGGUCCAACAAGCCCAACAGGAAGAGAACAGGUCCAAAGGUAACCCGGAGGGAGAAAGGGAUAGCUACAGGAGGAGUACCUAUCAGAGGCCAACCACUCCGGACGAGCAGAACUCAGAUCUCAUUCGAGAAAUGAGGAAGGAGAUGGAUGAGCUGAGGAACGCCAUUAAGGAGAAGAUGGAUCGGAGCGUGGAUAGGAUGGUCAGGGCCACGGAUUCGCCUUUCACCACGGCGGUGCUUGAAUGCCCUAUACUGUGCCGUUCCUUUCCCACCACUCUCAAAGGAGUUGCAAAAGAAUGGUUCACGAAGUUGUCGACCUCGUCCAUAGACAGCUUCGAACAACUGAGCAAUGCCUUCUUGCGCCACUUCAUAGGGGGGCAACGUCUAAAGAGGCCGGCAGACUACUUACUCACCAUUAGACAGGGAGAGAAGGAAACUCUGAGAUCGUACGUCAAACGCUUCACUCGGGAGACUCUGGAGGUGGACGAAACCGAUGACAAGGUGCAGCUGACGACCUUUAAAGCGGGAUUGAGGUCCAAGGAUCUCGUGGCCUCCCUUGCAAAGAAUCCACCAAAGACGAUGGCAGAAAUGCUCCUGAAAGCACAGAAGUACAUGAAUGCUGAAGAUGCUUUAGCAGCCAUAAAAGACGCAAAGAAGCCAGGAGACAAGACAAAGAAAGAAGACGACCGUAGGGGGCAAAAGAGAGAGCGACCGGACCGUCAGAAUAAUGACGGAAAUAGGAAGAAAGAUGAUGAAAGUUCUUGGACGAUAAGAUUUACUCCCUUGGUUAUGCCUGUUGACAAAAUUUUCACGCAGAUCAAGGACGAGCACUAUCUCAAAUGGCCCAAGCCAUUGCACUCAUCCCCCAAUGUCCGUGACAAGAACAAGUACUGCCGGUUCCACAAAGAUCACGGCCACAACACAGAAGAUUGUAGGGACCUCAAGGAGCAGAUAGAGGAGUUGAUACGAAAAGGGAAAUUACAGAAAUAUGUGAAGAAGGGAGAAUAUAGUAAAUCCAGGGACGAUAAAAGCCAGCAUGAGUCAUUCUCUCGAGAGGACGACGGUCCAUCCCAACCUCCGCACAAUGUGAUUGGGGAGAUAAAGACAAUUACAGGAGGAUCAUUCUCAAGGGGGUCAUUUAAAUCACUCAAGAAGUCAUACCAAAGGCAGGUAAAUAGUGUCCACACCGUACCCCCGUCUAAGCAGCGACGAACAUACCUAGACAUGACCUUCAAUGAAGGAGAUGCCAUGGGAGUGAAGCAGCCCCACAAUGAUCCCUUGGUCAUAAUGUUGAAUAUAGAAGGAUUCAAUACCAAAAGGAUCCUCGUCGACAAUGGCAGCUCCGCAGACAUCAUCUACCUCCCAGCCUUCCAGCAACUGAGGCUGGAUCCAAGGAGACUGCGCCCCUUUGACUCUCCACUCGUCAGCUUCAGCGGAGACAAGGUAUACCCCAAGGGCAUAGUGACACUGACAGUGACGGUGGGAGCAUACCCGGUGCAGUUGACUCGUCAGCUAGACUUCUUAGUGGUGGACUGCCCCUCAUCCUACAAUGUCAUCAUUGGGAGACCCACACUCAACAAGUGGAAAGCGGCCACGUCCACCUACUGUUUGAAGGUAACAUUCCCAACAGAUAAUGGUGUUGGUGAUGUAAAAGGAGAUCAAGUCCUGGCAAGUGAAUGCUAUUAA